ACCAUACGGUCUAUGGUUGUUACAGAUUUACAGCAUGUUUUACAGGCUGAGUUUGUACAUUUGGUGAUGGUUGAACUGCCAGUUGUGCAGUUCCCCUUCCCUUUUAUAUGAUAAUACAACUAUCUGGUGACGUCAUCGGGGAUCUCCAGCAAUGAAUUAAUUUAUGCGCCAAACAUGUCAGGACUUGCCCUCCACACCUCCUGCUGUAAAAUCGCGCCAGAGUAAAGAAGCGCGAGGAAUCUGCUUCCUUCCCAUCCUGGCACAGUGAGCAUUGCCUCAGCUUGGUUAUAUGCUGACAGAGCUGAGUAGGUGGAGGAGGCUGGUGUCCGCUGGAGAAGGCAGAUAAGCAUUACAGCUGUGCACGCCCCUUUAUGUAUAAACAAGAUCCCUUUUCUCCUCUGGGGUGAACAACAUAUUCACUAACUCUGAGUGCUUAAAGAGAUGUUUUUAUUUACUGAAAUGGACUUGGGAGACAAAAACAUUAUUGAAAUGAUAGCAAAAGCUAUUGAAGAAGCCUCUGAUACAGAUCAUAACCUUGAGGUGAUAAUGGCUGGUAGACAAUCAAUUCAGGAGUUUGCCACAGCAAUCCCCAACCACCUUCUCCUGGGGUCUAUGCUGGAGCACCUGUGUUUUGUCUAUCAGAGCAAUCCAGCUCGCUCACGCAUGCUGUUUAAAGUCAUCGGGCAGCGUUUAGCAGCCAUGAACCUCCUCUCACCUUUGGCCUUCAGUGAUGAGUUCAGCACCGUCAGACUGCAGCACAACAGAGCCUUCACCGAGCUGCUUAAUGCUGCUAACUCCUCACUGUUUCCACAGGGCCAACAACGCCUGAGCCCGAACACACACAACCCAGCUUUCAGACCGAAUGACGAACUGUUUGAAGCGCAGACUUCUCGAUAUCUUGGUGAAUUUGAAGAAGCAUGCAAACUAGGGAAGGGAUCUUACGGGAAGGUUUUUAAGGUUAUGAACAAACUGGAUGGCCAGUUUUAUGCUGUGAAGAAAAUCCUCAUCAAGAAGGUCUCAAAGGAUGACUGCAUGAAGGUCCUCAGGGAAGUCAAAGUAUUGUCAAGCCUGCAGCAUGUAAAUAUAGUGGGUUAUCACACGGCAUGGAUGGAACAUGUUCAGCCUGCAACAUCUCCUGAGUCUCAUCUGCCAGCUCUGGAAUCACCUGGAAAUCCAGACAGUUUUGAUGAGGGCCCGGACAGCAGCAGCAGCUCCUCCAUCAUUUUUCAAAGCCUCAGUCAGGCACAGACAGAGGCUACCCCAAGUGCCAAAGUACCCCUGCAAGGACAGCCAGUCAAAGCUGUAGUCCCCGCCCAGGAGAAGGGACAGGUGGUGUGCCCAAAGAUGAUGCGCCGCAUUCCUGAGAACUACGUCCCCUGUGUGUUCCUUGGACAGCGAGGCCCCGUGAACGCUCCCAAAUGUCCCGCCAAGGAUUGGGACGGCUCAGACCUGCUGGAGGAGGACUUCAGCAGAAGCAGCAUGGAACUCAACAACAACUCCUACAUCGACACAGAACGGCCGCAGCUGGCUGACAAAUGCAAAACAAAGCCUUCGAAAGAGGUACAGUUCCAGCUGAUGCUGUACAUCCAGAUGCAGCUGUGUGAGCGCUCACUGAAGGACUGGAUCUCUGAAAGGAACAGCAAGCCCAAAGAUGAACAAAGCUUAAGAUUGCCUUAUUGGUGUGUUGACGCUGAACACACGCUCCGCCUGCUGAGGAGUAUACUUGAAGGAGUGGAGUACAUUCACUCUAGAGGAAUCAUACACAGAGACCUUAAGCCAAGGAACAUUUUCCUGCAUGGACAUGACUGCCAUGUUCGGAUUGGAGACUUUGGUUUGGCCUGUAGGGACAUGAUAGUGGACAGCCAUAAAAGCACCACCCCUGUGGAUGAUGAUUCAUCACAUACCACAGGUGUUGGCACGUUUGUGUACGCUGCUCCAGAACAACUAAAGGACUCACAUUAUGAUUCAAAGUCAGACAUGUACAGCAUUGGGGUGCUGGCUCUAGAGCUAUUCCAGCCCUUUGGGACGGAGAUGGAGCGAGCCCGGACGCUUGGGGACCUGAGAGACGGGAAAGUCCCAGACUCGUUCAGCCAAACAUGGCCAGUACUGACUAAGCACAUCCUGAACCUGAUGAGUAAAGACCCCAGUGUUCGACCAACAGCCAGCCAGCUUCUACAGAGUGAACUCUUCGGCAGUAAAGACAUAGUAAUCCAUGGUUUGCAGAAAAGGGUUGAGGAGCAGGAGGAAGAGAUCAUGCAGCUGAGGAGACAAAUCAGUCAGCUUCAAAUCUCACAAGUCACUGUUAAUCUCUCACAGCCGGACAAAACCUGAGCCUUAAAAUUCUCAAACGAGAGACUGUCAAAACUUGAUUUCUCAACCACUUCUGUGCAUUAUGUUCACAAGCGCAAGUGGUAGAGAGUACGUGUGUGUGUAAGCAUUUCACUGUGUCUUGUGUAGCAGAAUGUCUGGUUGUUAGUAUUUAUCUUCAUUUAGCUGCUCGAUUAAACCUGUUUCUGCUA